AUGGCUUCUGCCGACCCGGCCGAUGCGGCCGUCCAUGCGGCGCCCUCGGGCGACCUCCCGAUCCGACGACACUCCGUCUCGUCGUCCAACUUCGACAUCGUCAAGACAUACCGCGAUCUGCUCGCCUCCGACCCAGACCUGACCAAACCCGUCGCCGCCAUCGAGUCCCUCAUCGUCCUCCUCAACUCAGUGCCCUCCACCACCGUCUACGAAACCCUCGACACCGUCAAGAUGCACUCGGACCGCCUCAAGGCCUCGGUCGCCAACCCCGUGCCCCUCACCGCCGGCACCGACCUCUUCCUGCAGUAUCUCGUCUCCUCGCUUAAGCAGCAGGACGGGAGCUUCGACGCCGUCCGCCAGCACCUGCUCCGCAACGGCCGCCUCUUCGCCGAGCGCGCCAUCGACGCCCGCAACGGCGUCGCAGAGGCCGGCUGGCGCUUCGUCGGCGAGGGCAAGUGCGUCCUCACCCACGGCGCCUCCCGCUCCGUCACGGGUGUCCUCGAGCGCGCCUCCAAGGCACUCAACGCAAAGUUCCGCGUCGUCUAUGUGCGCGACGAGACACGCCCCGAGGAGAGCGACGUCGUCGUCAAGCAGCUGCGCGGCAUGGGCAUCCCCGUCGCCGAGAUCCCCGAGGCCGCCGUCGCCCACGUCAUGGGCCUGCUGCGCCAGGUGCACAUGGUCUUUGUCGGCGCCGAGGCCGUCACCCAGAACGGCGGCAUCAUCUCCCGCAUCGGCACCUACCAGAUCGCCCAGCUGGCGUCCAAGGCCAAGAUUCCCUUUUACGUCGCCGUCGAGACGCACAAGUUUGUGCGCAAGUUCCCCCUGGACCAGCGGGACAUUGGCUUCACGCAAGAGGUGCUCGACUUUAGCACCGACGCUGCCAGCAAGCAGCCGGCGGACGCUGUCGAUUAUACGCCGCCCGAGCUCAUCUCCAACCUGGUGACGGAAAAUGGUGUCCAGCUGCCCGGCUACGUCUUUGAGCAGCUCCUCGACAUCUACGGCAGUCUGAACGGAUGA